AUGUUCGAAAUUGUGCCAAGAUCGGAUGCAGCAUCGUUUCAAACGGGCUACCUGGGCGUCAAUGGACUUAGUGCUUGGAUCAUAGGAGAUGUUUUGACGAAACUGGAUGUAUCAGAAACAGAAGCUUCGUAUUUUGAAAAAUGUACAGUGUCUUGGAGUGCUGCUGAACGUGUCAAGAACAACAAAGCGCUGCAAUUGUAUCAUGACGAACAAGUUAUUUGGAAUCGAAACGAUGAUGCAAAAGCUCGUAUCCCCUCAAUCCUUCCAUUCCAGUUCGAGCUGACGGAUGAUCUGCCGCAAUGCUCGCAUGUACCGGGUUGUCAGCUUACCUACCAGAUCAUGGCUCACCUGCACCAUACGCAAGGACGUGACUUACAUGCAGAAGCCCCCUUUCAUCCUCGAAGAUACAUCAUGUCUGGGUGGAAUUCGCUCCUCGUACAUGCAAAUGCUGGCCAAGGCCAUGCUGCAAGCCGGAAUAGUGGCGAAGUGGAGUACUCGUUAGAUCCGGUGCAAUGGAAAAUGAACACGGUUGCACCAGCAUACUUUUGGUUGAAUCGGACCAUUAUUCGACAUGUGGAUCCUCUUCGGCUACAAGCUCACAUCCCACCCCCUUCUGAAUUGCUUGUGGUAGAAAAAGGGUUGCAGCUUCAAAGCGUCUCUGCCCAUCUCACGCGCAUCAUACAAUCACAUCCGCAGGGAAGAGUAUACUCGGACGAAAAACUCUUGCAGUACUUGUCCGAUGCGGAGCCAACAGAAAUUUCGCGUGUCACUUCACAGUCACAAUUAGAUGAAGAUGCGGUUCAUCCUUACCUCCGUCAACAUCAUGUUGCCUACACGGGAAAAUCAUGUCGAUUUCACUCGAAGCGGCCUAUUCAUUUAUGCUUUGCUCUUUUUCCCGGAAGUAUAUUAGGGAGUGCACUGGCUGUCGGAGAGUCAUUCAAUCUGCUAGCCACAAACCAUGAACUUGGAGGUGACAUGAUUUGCGAAUCUAUUACACAAGAUACCGCGUUACAAAAUGUGCGCUUUGUUUUGACUAUUCGCGUUGUCAUCAAGAAUGAGAAAGGGGAUCAUCGUGACAUCGUGACGCGGAAGUUGAUCAAAAUACUUCCUAGUCCUGCUGGUACCAGUUCAACUCUGAAUACCUCGAAUCAGGCACACGGUGAACCGGAAAAGCCAUAUUCCACUGCUUCUGGAGAGUCUCUUCCCCAACAAGUAUUAGAUGCCUUUGCGCAUCCAAAUGAAUACGAUGGAUACGAUGACUCAAUUCAAGAGGGCAACUCAAUGCGGGCGAUGACGCUGACGAACCCAGUAGCUUUUAAUCAACUCUCCCGGAAUACAUCGACCGUCGAGAUUAUGUGCAAUUUACACCUGCUCUCUCUUCCAUGCAACAUGACAGUCAUUGCAUCACCGGAGUAA